AUGGCUCGCCUCACACGCCGAACAGGGACGCAAAAGUCGGGCGCUUCCAGAAGGGACUCACAGCAUCACGAUGACGAGCUAGUCUCCUCUUCCUCGCAGCAGAAUGCAGGGGUCGCCGCCGAAGGGUCUCAACACGACCCAGCAGGUCGAUCGAUCCCCAGGAGCGGUGCCCGCCAUCACCAGCCGGAAGGAGCGUCAGAAACUGAGAUGCACCACGACGGGCAAGGCUCAGGGGUGCAUGAUCACGAGCAACCUACCAACAUAGGUGUCCACCCACUUGCACCCUCCACAUUUUCAGCAAGGAGCGAAGCAGAUCACAUCAAGAUCAUGCUCGCAACCGACAACCACCUCGGCUACAUGGAACGCGAUCCUGUCCGCGGUCAAGACUCGAUUCGAACCUUUGAAGAGAUCCUCCAACUGGCUGUGCAGCACGAUGUCGACCUCAUCCUUCUCGGCGGCGAUCUCUUCCACGAGAACAAGCCGAGCAGAGCCACCUUGCAUCAGACAAUGGCACUCUUGCGGCAGUACACGCUCGGUGACAAGCCCAUCUCGAUCGAGCUGCUCAGCGAUCCCAACGACGGCGCACUACCAGGCAAACACUUCCCCGCGAUCAACUACGAAGAUCCCAACUUCAACGUCGGUAUUCCUGUCUUUUCCAUUCAUGGCAAUCACGAUGAUCCGCAGGGUGUGGGCGAGACUGGUGCGCUCUCUGCGCUCGAUUUGCUUUCCGUUUCGGGCCUCAUUAACUACUUUGGCAAGAUUGAGCUGCCUUCUGAUGAUGCUACUGCUCGCUCAUCCUCGGCGAGGACAGCAGGAGGAGGUGCCUUCCAGGAGAAGGGAAUCAGGAUCAAGCCUGUGUUGCUGCAGAAAGGCCAGACCAAGCUGGCCUUAUAUGGAAUGGGCAACAUCAAAGACGAACGUAUGCAUUUCGAGCUGCGUGCCAAUCGCGUUCGCAUGUACCGUCCAGAAGAGGAUCCCGAUUCCUGGUUCAACAUCCUUUGCGUUCACCAGAACCGCGUUGCACACAAUCCAAAAGCUUGCGUACCAGAAACAAUGUUCGACGACUCGAUCCACUUGGUAGUGUGGGGCCACGAGCACGAGCAGAUGAUCCAACCUCAACCUGUCACCGAGAAGCGCUACCACAUCACUCAACCAGGUAGCAGUGUCGCCACCAGCCUCAGCCAGGGUGAGACGGUGGACAAGUGCGUAGCCAUCAUUCAUGUCGAAGAGACGGAUUUCCUUAUCGAGCCGAUCCCACUGCAAACCGUACGUCCCUUUGUGAUGGACGACAUGAUUCUAUCCGAAGAGCUCCAAGAUGCCGGGCUGUCUUCGGAGAGGAGCGACAUCCUCAAACUUGUGCGCAAGCGUGUUGACGGGUUGAUCGUACGAGCAAAGCAAGAGUUCAAAGAACGCUACCCCGGACGUGAAAUGCCUCUUCCGCUCGUCCGGCUUCGAGUGGAAUACACAAACCAGGAGAUCAGCAACCCACAACGCUUUGGUCAAGAAUUCGCUGGCAAAGUUGCAAACCCUAAAGAAGUGCUGCAAUUCACCAAGCAAAAGGCUCUCCGCAGCGGUCGAGGCGAUCAAAAGGAUGACAAUGCAUCCCGUGCCUACGUAGAUGUCGAAGAGCAAGGCUUGCUUCCAGUUGAAAGGCUUGCCAACGUCGAUGUGGGUAAACUCGUGCAGGAGUAUCUUCAGGCGCAGAACCUCGACAUUCUCAACCCCGACGGUUUGGAAGGAGCAGUGCUCAACUUUGUCGAGAAGGACGAUAGGGAUGCGAUUGAUAGCUUUGUGACAAAGAUGCUCAAGAAUAUGGUCAAGGGGUUGGUCACCAUUGAUCCCGAAGAAUCGAGCAUCGAUGGCGAGUUGGAAAGGUUGAGACAGCAGCAGCAACAGCAGAGGAGGGAGAUCGAGGUUGAGAUCGAGCGGAAUGGCAGGCCUGGUGGAGGGACAAGGCAAGGGGCAGAUGUGUCGGAUGAUUCGAUGGUGGAUGAUUUCGAGACUCCUCGACCUAGCUCCCGUGCUGCUGCUGCUGCUGCUGCUACGACGGCGCGUGGUGGGAGAGCAAGGGGUCGCACUGCUGCCGCUCCACCGGUCGAUGACGAUGACGAUGAGGGUGAGGAGUUGGACGAUGGUGCUAGUGCGGCUAGUAGUCGAAGAGGUGCAACUCGACGCACCACGACAGCAACCGCGAGCAGGGCAAAGAAGACCACCGCCUCACGCGCCACAGCUACAACCUCUGCCCGAGCAUCUAACUCAGGCACCUCCGCCGCGGCCGCUACCUUUCUCGGUCCUGAAUCAGCCUAUGCAGAAGACGAGGGCGACCCAGAGGAAGUGAUUGAGGAAACCGCAUCGACACCUGCCCCUCGUUCCACUCGUGGCCAUGCAAGUGUCCUCGAAAUGCUCAGUAAACGGUCCGCACCCACCCCUCCGGGCAGAGGCAAACGCGCAGCUGCGGCUACACCGAGAGCCAAAGCAGCUGCAAAACCGGCUACCGCUAGAAGCAAGCACGCACAACAGCAGCAGGAGGAAGAAAGCAUUCCAAUUAGCGAUGACAAUGAAGAUGGAGAUGCCAUGAUCGAUGAGGAUGAUGAGAACGAUGAGAAUGAUGAGAAUGAUGAGAAUGAUGAGAAUGAUGAGGAUGAUGAGUUUGUGGAGCCUCGAGCUGCCAGGAGUAGGGCUGCUGCCGGUGGUCGGAGGGUGGGGCGUCGGUAA